AUCUGUCACAUUGUCUAAUGACUGCAACGUUGGACUGAUCGAAAUUUUAUUCUUCAAAGGAAAUAAAUCACUGAAGAAUCAUGGCUAUCGGUGAUUAUCCUAAAGAGUACAACCCAGCGGUUCAUGGACCGUAUGAUCCAGCGCGAUACUAUGGAAAGCCCGAUACACCUUUUGGUCAAGUGAAAAUCAACGAAUUGGGUGCAUGGUUUGGUCGCAGAAAUAAGACCCCUGGUGCGAUCGUGGGUGCAUGCAGCAGAGCUUGGUGGAGGUGGCAACACAAAUAUAUGCAGCCUAAGAAAAUUGGUGCCGCUCCAUUCUUCCAGCUUCUAGUUGGCUCUAUGACUUUCUUCUAUGUAAUCAACUAUGGCAAAAUGAAGCACCACAGGAACUACAAGUACCACUAAAGACAGUGCCCAUAUAUUCAAUAUUUAUUAUCAUGUUUCUGUGUAUGGUAAUUAUUUCUGUCAGAAUUUGUUGGUAUAAUAGUUCAUUAACUCUGUAAUUUGCUGCAAUAAACAUUAUUAGUCCAAAAUAUAA